AUGGAUGUCAAAACAAGACCUGAUCAAGAUUUUCUUGUUCCAGGAACACUUGUCAUAAAGGAAGAAACAUCAGUGGUUUCACCAACAUUGCAGAAUGACCAAAAUGUUGUUGCAUAUCAAUAUUCUGAUGGAGUGUUAUUUUUCUUAGUUGAGAAACAACUUGUCGAGGAAGUGAGGAAAAAUGACACGUUGAUCAUAGUUGGUGAAACUGGAAGUGGGAAAAGUACUCAAUUACCACAGUUCUUGUUUAAUGGGGGAUACUGUCGUGAUGGAAAAAUUAUUGGGAUCACUCAACCUCGUCGUGUUGCUGCUGUCACUGUUGCAAAACGUGUAGCAGAGGAAUGUGGUGUUGAGUUGGGUCAGAAGGUUGGGUACUCGAUAAGGUUUGAGGAUGUGACUUCCAGCUCAACGAGGAUCAAAUACAUGACAGAUGGCCUGCUAUUGAGGGAAGCACUAUUGGAUCCAUUACUUUCUAAGUAUUCAGUUAUCAUUGUUGAUGAGGCUCAUGAGAGAACUGUCCAUACUGAUGUGUUACUAGGAUUAUUAAAAAAUGUACAAAAAGUGAGGUCACAAACCACAAGUCAACAUGCUAACUUUGAAAAGGUGAAAGUUAACCAUGGAACAAGUCUGAAAAAAGAAAAUGAUGCUCAGAACCUCAGUUUUCUGAAGUCAUGCCAGGGUACAACACUACCUCCACUGAAAUUAAUCAUAAUGUCUGCAAGUUUGGACGCAAAAGGUUUCUCUGAAUACUUCGGGGAUGCAAGAGCUGUUCAUGUCCAAGGCCGACCAUACCCUAUAGAUAUACUUUAUACCCAUUACGCUGAGCCAGAUUUCCUUGAUGCAACCUUGAUUACUAUUUUUCAGAUUCAUUUGGAGGAGGGCCCUGGCGUUAUACUUGUAUUCUUAACUGGACAAGAAGAGAUUGAAUCUGUGGAGAGACUUAUCCGAGAGAGAGUUCAACAAUUACCGGAAGACACUCAGAAGCUUUUGACUUGUCCUAUAUUUUCAUCUCUUCCCUCAGAGCAGCAAAUGCAAGUUUUCAGACCGGCACCCUCUGGGUUUCGUAAGGUCAUAUUGGCAACAAAUAUAGCUGAAACAUCAGUCACUAUUCAUAGAAUUAAAUAUGUUAUAGACCCUGGAUUCAUGAAAGCGCGUAGUUACAACCCACUUACAGGGAUAGAGUCAUUGAUUGUAAUUCCAACUUCGAAAGCUCAAGCUCUUCAGAGGAGUGGCCGUGCAGGGCGUGAAGGACCUGGGAAGUGCUUCCGGCUUUACCCAGAGAGUGAAUUUAGUAAGCUUAGGGAUUCGACUGUGCCAGAGAUCAAGCGAUGCAACCUUUCAAAUGUCAUAUUACAGCUAAAAGCUUUGGGUGUUGAUGAUAUUAUAGAGUUUGAUUUCAUGGAAAAACCAUCAAGGAUGGCUAUUGUCAAAUCUCUGGAGCAGUUAUUCUUGCUUGGUGCUCUUACUGAUGAUUAUAAAUUGUCAAACCCGAUUGGGCAUCAAAUGUCCCGGUUGCCCUUGGACCCUAUUUAUUCCAGAGCUCUGAUCUUAGCAAGUGACUUCAAUUGCUUAGAAGAAAUGUUGAUAACUGUUGCUAUGCUUUCAGUGGAAUCCAUUUUUUAUGCUCCUCGUGAUAAGUUAGAAGAGGCAAGAGCUGCAUGGAAAAGGUUUUCAAGCUUAGAGGGGGACCAUCUCACCUUGGUGAAUGUAUAUCGUGCUUCUACUGAGACUUUGGGAAAAACCAAAGUUGCAAACAACAGAGAAAAAGCAACUGAGAAGGGAUUGAGAAAAUGUUGCCAGGAAAAUUUCAUUAAUUACCGUUCCUUGCUCCAUGCUUUAGACAUUCACAGUCAAAUACGAGGUCAUGUUGAACAAAUGAGUCUUCGCAUUGCUUCUUGUGGAGAUGACAUGCUUCAGUUCCGUAGAUGCCUUGCUGCUUCAUUUUUCCUCAAUGCAGCAUUGAAGCAGCCUGAUGGAUCAUACAGGGCUUUGGCAAGUAGUCAGCUAGUGCAAAUCCAUCCUUCUUCAAUGUUAUUCCGGAUGAAGCCAGAGUGCAUAAUUUUCAAUGAACUGGUUCAAACAAAUCAUAAUUACAUCCGCAACGUUACAAGAAUUGACCCAUUAUGGUUACCUGAAUUGGCUCCUCAAUACUAUGCUACACAGAACUAGGACUGGUUGUUCAAAUUCUUACAGAACUUGUACUA